CGUGGAAACACCAGAAAAACGUAGAAGAAGAGAGUUGCUAACGACAAGAACGUAAAGCUAGCUUUCAGAGCUGCAACAACAGUGCAAAGAUGUCUCAUCGGAAACGCGUCAGAAACUUCAACCUGGCGUUGAACAGUGAAGAUUCAGUUGAGCUGUCAGAGAGCGAUGAAUCUGAGCCUGAACAACAGCCCAGUGACGCGCCCUUUGACUACGACUUGGACAACAGUGAUGAUGACAGGGAGGAAGGGGGCUGCGCUCCGGCUGCUGCUCCCACAGCUCAGAGCACAUUCACCUUAAGUGGUGGGGGCUCAGCCUUCUCAAACCGCAGCCGCAGCAUCUUCGACUGCCUGGAUAGUGUUGAGAGACGGACUGUCCCCUCCCUGAACCCGGGCAGCACCACAGAGAGCAGAAAGACUAAUCACCCUCCGCCCACCUGCUCCACACCACCACCACCUAAGAAGAGAGGAGUGCCGGACUACUUGGUUCACCCUGAGCGCUGGACACACUACAGUCUGGAGGACGUGGCUGAGACCAGCGAUAAGGACAACAGGAGGGCAGCUCACCAGUUCCUGUCCAGUCUGCGUCAGGAAACUGAAACCGACUCCCCCUGUGACGCCGAUCAGAGGAUGGUUUUCUCCAGACCCAAGCGACCGCCGAUGGAAGAAACUGCUGCGCAGGAGUCAGCUGAUCAGCAGGGGAAGGAGAAAGAGUUACAGCUCAGUCACCUGGAGGAGGAGGAGGAGGAGGAAGGCAAAGAAAGAAAAGAAACUGGAGAACAAAUCGCUGAGAAGAAGAAACAGAGAAAGAAGAAUAAAGAGAAGGACUUGAGUGGAGCUGUGGGUCCAGCAGAGGAGAAGAAGACGGAGGAGUCGGGUCUCAGCUUCACCUCUUUCAGGAAGACAAAGAUGAAGAACUACAGAAAGAGCUCAGGGCAAGAACAGGAGUGACUACUACAAACCUAGCAAAGAUCAACCAGGUGGUAUGUUCAUGUGCUAAAUGUGUAAAUAUACCAUUUCUUAAAGUUUAUUUCCAGUCAACACAGAGCUGAUGUUCAUACAUCUGCAAGACUGAACGUUUCACUUGAUUUUUGCUCAUGUUUGACUUUUGAUUGUUCUCUGGUGGCUGCUGACCUUGAGUGAAAUGUACAGUCAUGAUAAAGGUGAGGAAGAUGUGUAACCCAGCUGUGAUGUGUGUCCAUUUCUUUGUUACACCUUUAUGAUGUUUUUUUUUUUUUUUCUGUCAGAUAAACAGUAAAGUUUAAUACAGUGUGCAUAUUUACAGUGUUGGAUUCAAGUGUCAUGUUC